AUCGAGGAAAACCUUUAGACCAAUCUUUCACACGCUUUUCAACAUAUUACACUCCAAAGCUAUUCAUUAACUAUCGAUUACGUAGAAUUCUUAGAUCCAAAAUUGAAAUUCACAAGCAGCGAGAACUUGUAAAACAAAAACCAAAGAAAUUUUCUCCAGAAAAGCAAACAAUCGCAAUUAAUUCAGAAUUUUAUGAACGACUUCUAUCAGGAACUAUUUCUGUAAAGUCAAAUAUUUGUGAGUUGCGGAAAGACUCGAGCAUCGUAUUGGUAGAUAAUACAGUUCUGGAAAAUAUUGAUAUAGUUAUAUAUGCUACAGGAUAUGAUACGGACUUUGCAUUUUUUGAUAAAAAUUCUGUUCGUAUUGGUCGGAAUAGAAUCAAUCAAAAUGAAGACAAUUACCAAAGGAAUGAUUUUACAUGGCUUUAUAAAAUGAUGUUUCCUCCUCAUUGUCCAAAUAUUGCUUUUUUGGGCAUGGUUGAUGCUAUGGGAUCUCAUAAUAUGACAUGUGAAUUACAAGCAAGAUAUAUAUGUGCGCUGAUAACCGGAAAAAUCUCUCCAUUACCAACAUCCGAAGAAAUGGAAAACGCACUUGAAUCUCAAACAGACUGUUCUCGCAGAGGAAUGGUAACUAACAACAGCGAUGACAACUUUGAAAAAAAACUUUCAAAUAAAGCUGAUUGGUGGCGAUACAAUGAUGGUCUAGCCAAAGAAAUUGGAUGCUAUCCUAAACUAUCUAAGAUCUUAUUAAAAUUUGGGUUUCGUACGUGGAAACAAAUUUUGUUUGGAAUUCCAACUUCUGUACAGUAUCGAUUAUGCGGAUCGGAUGCCUGGAGUGAUGCAUUAGAAUGGAUGAAU